UGUCGCCACAAAACAUCAACCACGGCAUGCCAGACGAUGGGCAGCAAGGACGAAGAAGGAGGAGGAGGAAGUAGGACUAGGGGAGAUGUGCCUACGAUGUUACGAUACCCACGGCCUUUUACUUCUAGCCUGUUCUCCACGGCUAUGUCGUUAGUACGGACUUGAUCAUGCAUGUGCAUGUUUUUCAAAAAAAAAAAGUUCCUCUUGGGCCCUUUUGGAUGGUCCGGAUAAAAGUUGUGGGAUACUACUGGCUUUUAGAGCGGACAUUUACAGCAUGCGGCUACGCACCGGCUUCGUUCGGCUAGUGCAGCCUCGUCGCGCCUCUGACGAAUUUCCUUUGUCUUUCUUUCUUUUGUCCCUGAUUUCGAAGCGGCUGUUUAUUUCCAUCUUCUUCCUAUGUGGCUACUUGUUUCCCCCAAAGGAGUAAACAGGCUGUUUUGGGAAUGAUACCAUGUGUUUCACCCACAAGCACAAUCUGAAAAUGGGUUUUCUGCUUCCUCUGGCGUUUUUGGUUCACGGCUUACAGGCUGUCGACCUGAUGGCGUUGAGAGGCUGGCGGACUUGCUCACGGGUCUAUCGUGUACUCGUUUCUUUUCUUUAUUAUGGAGUCAGGUAAUAGGAUGGGCAACAGACAUGGUGUAGGACUAGCGUCGGAUUCUUUUCUACUGCUGUAUUGCUUGAAUGAAAAUUUCAUCUCAUG